CGUAACUUCUAAGGAGUUGAUCUGGUGGUAUUGUGGCUUCUGGGGAUGAAACAUUCAUCAAAACUUAAGACUAACAACCAGCGAAUAAAAAACAGUCAAGAGAAACAAGAGCACGGGAGAAAGACACAGCUAGGCUUUCUGCUAGAUAUAGAAAACUGAGGAAAAUUAUAUGGAUAUUUUGGCACUAGCACAGUGGUGUAGGAGCUGCAUGUCACAUGUGACAUCCAUGGUUCGAAUCCUGCCUCCUCCCUCAUUCUGAACCCGUUUCUCUGUCGUCACCGUCCCAUUGUUCUUCUCUUCUUCGCGAUGAGGGUAGCUUCUUCCCUUUUGCACAUCUGGAACUUCACUCUUUCCCUCUCCCUUCUCAACUCCCCUCCACUCCCUUCUCCAGUUUUCCCACCACCUCCCACUCCUUCUCCUCCGCAGGAAAUUGUUCUCUCCCACAACGCCAACUCCACAUCCCUACCCUCUACGAUUCCCUCACAUCCCUCCUCCCUAUACGUGCUCUCCUCGGGGAAAUCCGGCAACCAGUCCGGAAUGUGCUUCCCCCUCAGCCGGGCACCCGAGCACGGCGGCGCCGGAGACGAUCCCGAACCGUCCGCCCUCGGAAUCGGCUUCGCAAAGGGGAUCUCGUCGAUAGUAUUCAAGAAACGCUGCGCGUCUUUCACCACGCUCGAUCUCACCAGACAGCAGCCGCGGGGAUCGGACGCCCCGGCGAAUCCCCGCGCCGAUUCGAGCUCGUGGAGGGCGUUGACGACGUCGAAGGCAUUCGAUUCGGUGCGAUUGCUGUCGCCGGAGUAGGACGCCGCCGCCUUGGCUAGGGUUUUGAGGUAAAGACCCGCCACGCGGGUUAGGGUUUCGAGGGCCGGGCCCUCCGCCGACUUGAAACCGACCGAUUGGCAGACCUGCGCGACUGCGAUUCUGGCGAUCCCGUUUGCGCAGUCCGAGGGAUUGCUCUCGGGAGUAGGUGGAGGCAGAGCAGCAGCGGCGGGGGCGGAGGGGGUUUUUGGGUGGCGGAGGGACGAUCUGGUCCUCAUGGCGGGAUUGGAAGCUUCAUCUGAAAAGGAGAUGGCGUUGCUGAGAGAGAUUGGCUCUGGGGUGACGGCUCUUUUCUAAAACCCUUAACAAUGGCUGGCUGCUGUCCGCCG